AACAACGCGUCUUUUCAUUGGUUGCAACACAUGGUCCAAAUACUGUGCACGUUUUCAAGACUACGAUCAUAUCAUAUCAUUUAAACAAGUUUUAUCUCACAGAAUAAACAUGAACUUCAAAGAAGCGUGUGCGAAAUUAUUGGACCAGAACAGGAAAAUCGCGCUUUUUGCCGCAGGCACAUCUGUGGCAUUGCUUGGACUCGCGAUUGGGUAUCGAUACACGCGUAAAGAGAAGAAGUUAAUAAAAGUUGGAGUUAUUUCUCAGCUGUUGGUUCAUCCGAUGAAAUCUGGGAAAGCUGUGUCGGUGGACACAGCUGAAUGUCUGCGAAUGGGACUGAAAUAUGGCGAACUGCAGGAUCGCCACUGGCUGAUCAUAACGGAGGAAGGACACAUGGUGUCAGCCAGACAACAGCCUCGAGUGGUGCUGGUAUCUUUGACCUGUAAAGGUGGGCAACUGUGUCUCAAUGGACCUCAGAUGGAGGAGUUGAAAGUUCCCCUUCAGCAGCCAAAUAAUAAGGUUUUGGACUGCAGAGUGUUUAGUGUGGACGUCCAGGGGAGAGACUGCGGGGAUGAAGUGUCUGAAUGGCUAACCCGAUACUUGGCAUCAGACAAGACUUUUCGACUGGUUCAUUUUGAACCCCAUCUAAAAGCUCAGAGGCCUUCAGAGAAAGAGCCUCUUUUUCCCAAGGAUGAAAAGGUGGCUUAUCCCGAUGCUGCUCCUAUCAUGCUGAUGUCCGAGGCUUCAGUUAGGGACCUAAAUAGCAGGUUGGAUCGUGAUGUUACUGUCGCUCAAUUUCGUCCCAGCAUUGUGGUCAGUGACUGUGAGGCGUUUACUGAGGACACAUGGGAUCAUAUUCAGAUCGGCCAGGUAGAGAUGAAGAGAGUCAUUGGCUGUGGAAGAUGCAUUUUAACCACUGUUGACCCAGAGACCGGAGUCAUCACUCGUAAAGAGCCACUAAACACGCUGAAAACCUAUCGACUGACUGAUCCUAAACAGAAAACUUCACCAAUACUGGGACAGUAUUACACAGUCAAGAAAACGGGUGUUCUUCAUGUUGGUCAGCCGGUUUAUAAGAUUACCUAUUGAAACCAGGAUUGAAUGCAGAACUACAUAAUAAAAGAUGGUGAAUAAUUUAUGUGCAAACACAUCAUAAUUUACAUGCAGACUUCAUUACUGACAUGAUUUUUAUUAAAUAUAAAGAAAAAUGAUUAGGGAUGCACGAUAUAUCGGCCGACAUAUCGUUAUCGGCAGAUAACUGCUUAUUUUUAAUAUUAUCGGUUAUCGGUCUGAUAGCAAAAUUAGGCCGAUAAAUGAAAGCCGAUAAAUGAUGGAUUAUUUUGGUUUGUUGAACCACUUCACUUGCUCAUUGCUGGCCAUGUGAAGUUUUGAUUGGUGCUUUCUGUUACAUAGCACGAAGAUGACACGUGUUGCGGGCUUAAGAAUAUAAAGAGUUAUCGGUAUCGGCCAAAAUUUCCAUAUCAGUGCAUCCCUAAAAAUGAUACAUUUAGCCAUAGAUUAUUGGAGUUUAAUAGAUCAACUAUCCUAGGGAUUCCACAUUCCAUGGUGAUUAAUUUACUUUAUACAGAUAAUACCUAAUAGUUAAAGGGGACAUACCAUGAAAAUCAGACUUUUUCCAUAAGUGCUAUAAUCGGGUUCCCAGUGCUUCUACCAACCCAGAAAACAUGAAAAAUAGCAACCCUGUAACUUUGUUUUGGUAAGGCUCUCUCUGCAAGCAUGUGAAUAAAUAGGUCAUGCGGAUUUCGCUCCCCGCAUGACGUAGCUAAGGGAUCUUAUUAUAAUAAUACCGCCCCUUCAACUGCGCUAUCCAACCAUGAACGGCCUCACGAGUGCGAUAGACAGAGAAAAAGAAUGACUGACAGCACGACGCGUUUGUAUUCCAUCAAACACAAACAGGAGCCUACAAUCUUAUAACUUGUAGUUUUAAUAAUCUUUCUAAAUAUUGAAUUAACGUUCUAAAGGAUUAACGUUACCUUAGUGCAAGAGAGAGAGAGAGCGUGUGAGCGAACGAACGAGAGAGAGAGCAACGCGACGGUUCGCUUUCAAGCAAGUUAUGUUGUUUAAUAUGUUUCUCUGAAGUUUAUAUGAAUGAACACGAGGAUUAAUGCACUGCACAAAACAGAGUGAGUGAACAACGCAUAUUCACUAUCAUACACAAUAAGUAAAUAUGUUGUUUAAUGUUUCUCUGAAGUUUCAAAUGAAUGAGGAGUUACAAAAUAGAUGAGAGACUGACAGAAACGCGAAUGUGUGCAAUAUGUGUACACAAUAAACUUAAACAUGUCAUUUGAUCUGUUUCUCUAAAGUUUAAGCAUUAAACGUGUUGUUUUAUUACAGAUCAUUUAAAUGUGCUCGUGUGGUUUGGUCAAAAAGUAAACUUCUGAGUGUUUGUGGAAGUGUAAUUUAUUGUAACAUGCUGAAAAUCAUUGUGCCUGUUUAAAAGCAGCAUGAGAGCUAAAAGUCUUUAUUUUUAUAGACGGGUUGCACGGCGACGUCACUAACUGGUUGCGCGCGCAACCGAGAGGCAGAAAGAAGAGACGUGCAUUGUGUUGUAUGCUAGUAGCGGUGUCUGUAAGUUAAAAUGCCAAGGAAUUGUUGCGUGGAAAAUAGUACGAACAGAGUCAGUGCUGGGUGCCUGAUGUUAACAUACCAGUAGAUGCGACUAUUACGUUACUAGCAUUAUAAUUAUAACAUUAUAAUUCAUACAUGUAUCACAGUAACACUGCAAAAAUAAAGACAGAAAAACAGAUCCAACUAAAAUCAAGUCUUAUUUAUAUACAAACAAUAAAGAACGCUUCAAUAAUUAAGGUUGUUGCAGUAGCGGAUCAGCUCACCAAUCGGGCUUUCUGCCUCCUGGAUGCGCGCGCAUCCUGCAAUGUUUGUAAACUUGCAACCCCUCUAUUCUACAAUGUUUCCCAUCUGCUGAUAAACAUGUAUUUAGUAUGCACAAAACAGAUAAUUGACUUUUUAAACAUGUUCAAAUAUAUAAUGCUUAAAAUUGCUCACUAACUUCUUUCGUGAGAGAAUCUCCCUCGAUGCUCUGUCUACAGCGCCAGCGCUUGAGACUCCGCCCACCUGAGCAGCCCGUUUGGAUUUAAAGGGAUAAACACAAAAACGGUGCAUUUUUGCUCAGCCCCAUAAAGUGCCUAUUUUAACAUGCCACAAUAAAUUACCUAUACGGUAUUUUGAGCUAAAACUUCACAUAUGUACUCAAGGGACAUCAAAGAUUUAUUUAAUUUCUUAAAAACGUCUUCUGGAAUGUCCCCUUUAAUACAUAACAUUUCACAUUUAUGAAGCGAGAAUCUCAAAUUUAUGAGCCUAAAUCAAAUCAGUAUCUUUCAGUAUUAAUAUUCAAGGCAUAGUUCACCCAAAAAUAUACAUUUUUCUUACUUGAACACAAAUAAAUAUUUUGAUAAAUGAUGGUAAGCACACACCUGAUUGUAACCAUUGACUUCCAUAGUAGAAAUAAAAAAAUGAUGGAAUUCAAUGGGUGCUAUGAACUGUGUGCUUACCAUCAUUUAUCAAAAAAUCUUCUUCAUUUAUUACAAUGCUUCCAAAAUAUUUUUUUCCCUACUAUGGGAGUCGAUGGUGACAAUCAGCUGUGUGCUUACCAAUAUUUAUCAAAAUAUCUUCUUUUGUGUUCAUCAAAAUAAAACAAAUUCAUACAUAUAGGUUUAGAACAACAUGAGGGGGAGUAAAUUAUGAGAUAAUUUUUGGGUGAACUAUCCCUUUAAGUGUUUUGGGCAUUCCACAAAUUUCCAGUGUAGUUGUAAAAUUAUGCUACUAAGACAUUGUAACCAUUUUUGUAUGUUUAUACUCCGUAUUGCAUAUUGGCAUCUGUGUAAUUUCAUGUUGCAACAUCUGGAUUUCAAUACAGUUUCUGUUGAAAGGACUUCGGUGACAUAAACAGUUGGGUCCUUUGUUUUAUCUUUUAUACUAUUAGUACAUCUAAAACCCCUAGAUUAGAAAUAUGGUAAACACCUACUAUAAGCAUGCCAUCUUAGAUAAGUAAAAUCAACUUGAGUGUUAACAGAAACAUAUUUUUACAUCACACAACAAGUUUGAAAGACAGUGAGAACCAACUUCAAACGAAUUGACCUCUAAAACAAAGCAUUUUUUUAUGUAGUUUAAGAUAAUCGUAUCACUUAAAAUUACGGUGCUAUUGUUGUAAUAAAAUUUGACACUAUUUUCAUUUUUUUGAAAAUAUUUUCAUAGUUGAGAUGACAAACAUCAUGAAGUUAUUAAAAAAACAUUAUAAUCAGGCAUUGAAUAGUGUACUGUACCAAUUUAAAAGAUCUCAGCCAUUGGAAUCACUUUGGGGUAUUAGGUUAGUGUUAUGACUAGGUAUAUUAUUCUUUACUCAUUUGUUUAUGAUGCCAACACACUAAAUGCAAAACUGUGCAAGCUCUUUGAAAACAUCCAGUAGAUGGAGCCAUUUCAAUAACUUGAAUGCACUUUAAAAAUGGAUGUAAUAAGAAACAACACAAUUAUGCAUUGUCCCAAACUAGACACAUCUCUCUGUUUUUAUUGAAACAACACAUUUUGUGUUACUUUGAACACAACCUGUGUUGUCACUUUUAUUUUUUAAAACACAAAAUUAACACAAAAUGACACUGUGUUAAAUAGCAUUACGCACAAAAAAAAAUGAACACAUACGUUUUUAGAGUGUUUAUUUUUAAGGUUAUACAUCCUUAUUUAAGGAAGCAAAACAUUUCCCCUUAGCAUUCCUUCAUGUGCAUUGCAGUUAGAGGCUGUCUGUGUUGACAGACCAAUGAGUCUUCAACUAGCACCUAUAGCUGUCUAAGGUAUAUUUAAAGGGAUAGUUCCCCAAAAAACGAAAAUUCUGUCAUCAUUUACUCACCCUCAUGUUGUUCUAAACUUGUAUGAGUUUCUUUAUUCUGUUGAGCACAAAAGGGAUAUACUUUGGUGUACCAUAUUUUUUUACGAUAUAAGGGUGCAGUCAACUGUGUGAAUUACCAUCAUUUAUAAAAA